AUGGCUGCUCAAGAGGGGCCGCCUGAGGUGGACAACUCUGCAGUCGGCGCGCCCCAAGGAGUUCAACACCGCCCGCAUGAGGGGCGCAGACGUAUUGCCUUCGGCCCAAACUCCAACACGCGUGCUGUCUUUCCAAGCAAUUUCGUCUCAACCACAAGGUACAAGCUUUGGACGAUUCUUCCUCUGAACUUGUAUGAACAGUUUCACCGUACAGCCAAUGUCUGGUUCCUCAUAGUGUCCAUCUUACAGAUGCUGCCGUUCAAGAUCUCGCCAACGACCUCUUGGGCUACUCUCGUGCCUUUGUGUAUAGUUCUUACUGCAACAUUCUGCAAGGAUGCGUACGAGGAUUUCAAGAGGUGGAGAGAUGAUUGCAGAGUGAACCAGCAGCUUUGCGCCACAUUCACAAUUCCGAAUGAAAAUGCACGCAACUCUUCUCGAGACAACUUCGAGAGCAUCAAGUGGUCCCAAGUGAGGGUAGGAUCCUUCAUCAAGAUCAUGAGGGACCAGCCGGUACCAGCAGACAUGCUGUUGAUCUACUGUCAGCCAGGCACUGUCGCUUAUGUUGACACGGCACAGCUGGACGGGGAGUCCUCACUGAAGGUGAAGCAGUGCGUGGAUGAGACCCACCACAUGGUGAAAAACACCUUACUUCGCAGUGUGGAAGGACACAUGGAAGCUGACAUGCCCAACGAAAUCGUAGGGCGCUUCGAUGGCUGCCUGUACCUGAAAGGUUUUCCGCGCGGAGUGCCAGUGGGACUCAAGAAUCUACUGCUGCGAGGAUCAACCAUCAGGAAUACCCAGUACGUCAUUGGGCUUGUGGUGUAUACCGGCGUGGACACCAAAAUGGUGCGAAACUCUAGUCGUUCAAUCUCCACGAAGCGCUCACACGUGGAGAUCAUGUCUAAUAAAUUGCUAAUCAUUGUUUUCUUUUUGCUUUUUCUAAUAUCCAUCGGCUGCGCGAUAGCAAGAGCUAAUCUGAUUGGUGAUUCGGCUGGUGCCCAGAAUCUGAGAUGGGUGUGGAAUGCAGAGAAUGAAUACCAGCUGCAAGACAAUCCUUAUCUCGCAAUCCUCACCUUUUUGAUUGGCUACAACAACCUCAUCCCCAUCAGCUUGUAUAUGACGACGGACUUGGUCCGGGCGAUUCAGGCUUUCAUCAUGGAGAAGGAUGAAAGCAUGUACUAUGCUCAGGGCAAGACUCCUUGUACGGUUCGCACCUCGGCGCUUUGCGAGGAUCUUGGCACGGUGGAUUUUGUUCUCACUGACAAGACCGGGACUCUGACGCAGAACGAGAUGUGCUUCAAAGCCUGUUAUGUGGAUGGCCAGACAUACGGCUACUGGUCAAACGUGGCAGAUGAGUCCUUGGAUGGCACCAGCCAUCCAGCGCAGGAGAGUUAUGGUUAUCCAAGUGAUCAUAUUGAGAGGAUCCCAACACGAAGCGUUUGCUGGCCUCUCAGCCCGCUUCUUUGGGGCAUUCCCAGUGAUGAAGACCCACAUUGGAGCUAUAGCCUCGAGUCCGCGGUUCACAACUUCUUCCUCUGCCUUGCCACUUGCCAUACCGCAAUGCCAGAGAAGAACCAGGCCACCUUCUCGACUACGACCAGCAAGCGAGCAGCAAAGUUAGAGACGCUGAGUGAUGUCGAGUAUGUGAUGCAAAAUGACCCAGGCAUGCGUGGCCUAAGCCAACAGGACGUUCGAUUGCGAAUGGAGCUGCUACUGGACGCAAAUCAAACACAGUUUCGGAGCCAGUCACCAGAUGAGGAGGCCUUGCUAGCAAUGGCCCGUGACUUUGGCUUCUUCUUCAAAGAGCGUCAUGGCAACAAGAUCACCAUCAACAUCCGGGGCCAAGAGGUGCACUACACCGUGCUCAUGGUCAACGAAUUCUCCUCUGAGCGCAAGCGGAUGUCAGUCCUUGUGCGUCAGUGUUCCGAAGCUGGUGUCAUACCGCAGACGUCCCAGCACAUGGUCAGCAGCAUACUGCUGGGAGCAGGGGGUGCCAUGUCCAUGGAGAACCUCCCGCACGUGUCUGAAGGCUCUUACAUCUUGUUCGCCAAGGGUGCCGACUCAGUAAUGCUGGAUCGCAUGCGUCAGAAAGAUGAGAGGGCACGCCAAGCUGAAUUUCACGGCUUGGAUGAUAUGACCCAUGCUCUGUCCCUGGAUCCAGAUCGGUCCAAUGAGGAGCCUAGUCAGGCCAGCCCUCGCAGUCUAGACGGCAGAGGUAAAAGAGGCAAUCGAGCUGGCCUAGCGAUGGGUCUCACUGCCGGAGGGUCCGAAGGGAAGUUGCGGGGGCCGAAAGUUCCAUCCCCUUGCUCCUCAGCUGGCCUUGCGGCGGCUCGGGCACCGAUGGAGCCACCAAUGCCCAGUGGUAACCCUGCAAUGCUGGACCCAGACGAGCAUUCAGUAAACACUUCGAGACUUUCAGCGAAGUAUGACCAGGCGGCACGCAGCGCUGGGCUCAUGAGUUGGUGUUCACGUAAUGGGCCGGAGGGCACCAUCGACUCUGGUGAGCCAGACGAGUGCCCGCGCAAGAAGAAGAUGCGCAUGGCUAAAGAGCAGGUCCGACACUUUUCCAUGCAUGGUCUGCGGACACUUGUUUGUGGCCAGCGGGUGCUCACGGAUGCAGAGGCUGAAGCUUACAUUAAGAAGUGGCAAGGGGCUCGAACAUCCUUUUUCAACCGCGAUGAGCUUCUGAAUCGGGUGAUGGAUGAAAUGGAGCGAGACUUCGAUUUGCUGGGAGUCACGGCCGUCGAGGACAAAAUCCAAGUCGGGGUUCCAGAGACUGUUCAGAUGUUGCUUGAUGGCGGCGUUCGCAUCUGGAUGCUCACAGGAGACUGCGUCGAGACAGCCGUGAACAUUGCUAGCAUUUGCCGCCUAAUUGAGCAUCGCUCUAACCUGUACUACCUCACGUGUGAGGAAACACCUGCCAGUGGGCACAGUGACUCGCAGAGCGCCCUCCUGCUGGAGGAGAGGCUCAGGUAUAUCCAUGAUGGGAUCUUAAAGGAGCUGAAGCACACUCAGGGUAAAGGAUUUCACUACAGUUUGGUGCUUAAUGGCCCGGCAUUGUAUGCGAUCCUAGAAGCUCCAGACACCGUCCUGUACAAGCUGUUUGUCACAGUUGCUUGCAAUUCCUGCUCUGUCAUUGCCUGCCGACUCUCUCCAGCACAGAAGGCUUCGCUUGCAGAGCUCAUCAAAAAGGACGUGCCAGGCUCUCCGAUAACCUUGGCUGUGGGCGAUGGUGGCAACGAUGUGAGCAUGAUUCAGAAAGCCCACAUCGGGGUUGGCAUUGCCGGUGCAGAAGGCCGCGAAGCAGUCAAUGCUGCCGACUUCGCUAUUGGCCAAUUCCGUUUCUUGAGGUCCCUCCUCUUUGUCCACGGACGAAGCAACAUUCGACGCAUCGGGAUGGUGAUUGGCUACUCUUUUUACAAGAACUUCCUGCUCGUCCUCAGCAUGGCAUGCUAUGCUCCUUUCACUGGCUUCAGCGGCACCACUUUCUACGAUCCCUACCUGAUCAUGAUGUACAAUGUGGUUUUCACCAACGUGCCCAUCUUCAUUGUCGGGGCGUUAGAUGUUGAUGUCUAUGCUCCCGCGGCCUUAACCUUACCAAAGCUGUACCUCUUUGGCAUGAGCAAUGCGUACUUCAAUUACCGGAUACUGGUCACUUGGCUCCUCCGUGGCACCAUCCAUGCCUUGGUUAACUUCAGUGUCGCUGCUGUCUUCCUGGGCGGGGUAGGCGGCUCAGCAGGGGCAUUUCCUGAGUACUUAUCCCUGGGCACUUGGUCUUAUUGGAGCUGUGUCGUGGUGGCGAACUCCACCCUGCUGCUGCACACACAGGUUUGGAUGGACUGGCAGUUGCUCAUCUCCCUCAUAUCCAUCGCAUUGUUUCCGCCCAUCCUCAUGAUUUACUCCUUGCCCAGCAUGGCCAACAUCUUCAAUCCGUCCUUUGUCGAGGUGGCCCCACAUAUCUUUCAGUCCGGGCCCGGAUGGCUUAGCCUGUUGCUGGUGCUGGCCCUGUCCGUUCUCGUGGAGUUGGCGAUGGAUGCCUGGCAGAGGAUCAACAAGCCUGACCUUGCAAGGAGGGUCCAAGAGUUCCAGCGCAUCAUGACUUACGCCAAGGAUGCCCCGGAAGUACCGACACUUCAUCGGUCAGUGUCCCCAGCUAUACCAAGCAAUAGUCGUGACAUGAGCAUUGUGCCAGGUGUGCCAGGUGCUGGGCGUGGUCAGUCGCCAGCCUCGCCUACCUCGCCGACGUCACCCAUGUCACCGACGGGUGUGACACACAACGAGCUCCUAUGGAAUGCAAACCUGAAGCUGGAGAAGCUUUUUCCCGCUGCUUUGGUGAAUUCCAUCCCAUGGAGUUACAAGCGCCGCAAUUACAACCAGGGCGACUUCCAAGCUGAAGCAGCGCAGCUGAAGGAGUACACGAAGCAUGCCACUCACCCACCCACAAAGAAGCCAGGGCUUCGAUUAAUCAUGGAGCGCCCUUAUCGAGAUGAAGAUCUUGCUCCAGAUCCCACUUCCUGCUGUUUCUGUUGCGGCAAGCGCGGAAUCAAGGCCAAAGAGUGGCGGCAGACUGUGAGUCAGAUGCAAUGGUGUCAGGUCAGCUUACUCUCAGACGUGCUGGGCAAUAAGACUUCCCAAGACCAAGAUGAUGCGACCAGCAAUCUCACACUUGCAGAGCGACUCUCGCAAGUCACAGGAAUGCAGCUGGAACUCUUGGAUCUGGAUCAGAUCGCUGAGCGUAAGCAGCACAGUGCGAGCGCCAACACGGUGGGCCAGCCAAAUCCGGAGCACAAAGCACAGUCCCGCUUCAGCGUGAAGUACACCACUGAGUUCGUCUACAACAUCUUCACGCUGAAGUUCAGAUCCAGCUUGCAUGAGCAAGCAUUCUGCCAGAUGUUUGACGAUGCUAGUCGCAAUCAAUUUUUCGUUUCAGCCCGUGUGCUGACUCUACUGCUUGUUGGCUUUCAAGUUGUGAGGCUGCUGGCCUAUUCUGUUGCGCCUUCAGACCCCUCUGAAGUUCUGUUGACCGUGGCAGUCAUUGCGGGCUUUGCACUGGGAUGCGAGGUGUUACUCAUUCCGCUCCGGUUUGAGAGGAUCAGUGCCUUCCACGCAACGUACCUGACAGCUGCCUGUUGCUUCUUGAUCUUGGUGAAGCAUGCAGUGGAGUUCACGUACAACUAUUCCGGGUAUGUUUUGGAUGCUAUUCUGCCAUUGGUUUUCUGUGCUGGUGCAAACAUGCGAUUUCCAUCGGCAAUUGGGGUGCUCUUUUUGCACAUUACCAUGGUGACAAUCCACUCCACUUUCUUCCUGAAUGAAAACACGUGCAUUGUAGGCAAAGGUACCAAGCAAGAGGUGAAUGUGUGUAAUGACGAGGGGCGCCUGCUGGUUGAGUUCUCCACGAUCCAAUUCGGCCUAGUGCUUCUUGUCGGUGCCUACAUGUAUCUCUCGGAGAGAUUCGCUCGCCACAGUUUUGCUUGGGAUGAUCGCAUUGGCACAGCCAGGAACGCUGACCGGGAUCUCUUGAAAGGAAUGUAUCCAGAAGACGUCGUGGAAGCAGUUCGAGAGUCCUUCCGCAACCAGCAGCAGAUCAGCGUGACAGAGCAAAAGGUGUCAACCACCAAGACCAUUUUUCAAGAGCGCGGCGUCGUGACGGUGGUCUUCAUUGACAUCUAUGCCUUUGAAAAGGUCGUGGCCCAAUUGGCUCCCAAUGAGCUGGUAGAGCUGCUGGAUCGUGUCUUUACUCAGAUUGACAACAUCUGCCAAGAACAUUCCAUCGUGAAGAUUGAGACUGUGGGGAAGACCUUCGUGGCUGCUGGAAUGAUCGACUUCAAGAAAAAGUCAGCUCGGAAUAGCGUGCAGGUGAAGGCUUUCCUUUGCGUGGAGGCUGCAAAUGCAGUCCUGCGACUUUUCAGCCGAUGCACUACCGGAAUUGAGCAGAUGGAAAAGCUUUCAUUGAAGAUCGGGAUCAACACCGGAAAUGUGAUCUCUGGGGUGGUCGGCUCACAAAAGCCGCAAUUCGCCCUUUUCGGUGACACGGUGAACACGGCAUCCCGGAUGAUGAGCACCGGGCAGGUGGACCACAUCCAUAUCUCUGCCAGCACCUAUGAGCAUGUCAAGGGUGAGCCACAUUACACGUGGACGGCCAGGAAGACCUUUGUCAAAGGCAAGGGUGACAUGGAUACUUACUUGCUGCAAAAUGAAACAAGCCGCCGAAGGCAGGUGUCAAGUGGACUGACUCACGUCAACCGGGCAAAGUCUCAAGCUCGGGAAGGGAGUAUGAUCAAUGUGGGUCCCGAGGUGCUUGCAGCCAGUGAAAAUCGCUCAAAGAUGUUUUGCCGGAUGCUCUCUCGAGCCUGGGUCAUGGACUGCAUCAGGAAGUUCAUUUCCUUCUGUGUUCGGGCAUAUGAGCUGGAUUGCCUGAAGACAAAGCAGGAGCGCUCACUCCUGGCCUCUCUGGCUCUCUUUUGGUGCAUUUUCUGCUUGGAGUCUUUUUACAUCUGGAUCGGGGACACUGGAGAACGUGCUUCAGACUUACAAAUUUUCUUCAACAUCCGUCUGCCUUUCGCAAUCGUGCUCUUUGCAGUCAUUGUGUGUGGCUUCGUUGUGGUUUCUUGGCAGGGUUGUACACUUUCUCUAGGAGAUGAUGCAAGGCAGCAGAAGGGGCAACAUCUUCCUGAAAGAGCUGACUACAGCGAAACUGCAGACGGCACUGGCCUGGAAGUGUCUGAAGAAGAGGAGGCGCUUCAAGACCCACAGCCACAACGACAUGGCUGGCCACGCGAAGUUUAUUAUUUUGGUAUCUCAGUAGUGCUUCUUACUGCUGGCUACAUCUGUGCCGUCAGCUCAUCGCUUUAUGGCCUGGCAAAUGGGCGGUUUCAGGAAGUAAGCUAUUGGAUCUACUUUGAAUCCAUGUUCUACCUCUCGGCUAUGAUGCAUCUGAAUGUUCUCCGGGCAACUCUGGGUGCUUUUGCAUCUGGCUUUGCCAUCGUUUUGCCUGCCACGGUGUUGGGAGCAUUAGCUGACUUCCCAUCGGGGCUUAUCUACCCCAGCGCGGCAUACAUUCUGCAGAUGCGAAUCAUCCAGAGUCUGAAGUGGUACCAGCUCAAAAGCUUAGAGGGCUUGAGGAUGGUCGAGAUGGAGCACAAGGAGUGCUAUUCCCUGCUCAACUCUUUGCUGCCCCAGGAAGUCUUGGAGUCUAUGCAAUCGGACACCCUGCAGCUCGCGUAUACAUACAGGGAUAUGACGCUGCUCUUUGCUGACAUUGUGGGCUUUACGAAGUAUUGCGCCACGCAUCAGGCAAAUGAAGCCGUCAGACUUGUGACGCACCUUUUCGCAAGGUUUGACGACUGCUGCAAGCUGCUGGGUGCCUACAAAGUCUGUACCAUAGGUGAUGCCUACUUGGCCGUGAACGAGCCAAAGACGGAGCAUGAGGAUAAGGUCAUUGGUGCCAGCGUGCUUCUGCACCUUGCCAUGUCUAUGCUGCGGGUCAUUGUGACCGUUCGAAACGAGGUCCAGCAUGAAGGCCUUGACAUGAGGAUUGGGCUUCACCAUGGUCAGUUCGUGGCAGGCGUGAUUGGGAGCAACCAGCUUCGCUUCGACAUUUGGGGUGAAGACGUGCUCAUAGGCAACCAGAUGGAGUCAGAAGGUGAACCUGGACGCAUCAACUGCAGCGCUACGUUUGUAGAGGUGAUCCAGGCACACUUCCCACAGUUCAGCUUCACAGAGCACAAGGUCAUCGCCUGCUCUGGAAGCAAAAAGACCAUGCAGAGCUACCUUCUUGACAAGCCUCAUGGCAUUGGCACAGGCAAGGUGGCCAGCACACCGAGUGGCAAGAUGCCACGGAACAGUGAGCGAAAGAGCAAGCGCGCCCGAUGA